AAGGGCUUGAGCCUUCCAGAUGCCAUCCAGCAGGCCAGCCAAGGCGACGUGAGAUGCCGUGCCAGUGUCCCCGCCAUCGCCAAAUUCGUCCAGAACUUCGGCGGCGGCAGCCAGGGGUUUCCACUCCUCCAUUUCCUUGCCAAUUUUGGGAAGCAGUUUAAUGCCACACUUCUGGUGGGAACCGAGCUGAUGUCCACCCUGGUGUCGCUAGAUUUCAAGCAAGCGACGUGCAUCUUUCCCAUGCUUCGUGUGGCGGCAUGGGCUACCAUGUUGACCAGCCCAAAAUCCCAAGACGGGUUCAGCCGCAUCCUUUCCACCAACGAUCUCCAAAAACUGAAGGCACCAGGCAUGCUCGACCAAGUUACCCAAGCCGAAAAUAUGCUCCAAGAGGCUUGGAAGGUCCAACAGGAUCUUCUUGUGGAGCAGACCCACCAUGCGUCCCACUUAACCAAAUGCUUUGGUCGAUUUGCAGUCAGAGUUUGUUUGUUCCUCACGAACAAACAAAGGGCAGGCCGGGAAACCAAGCACUGGCAAUCUCUCCAAGCCAUCUUGACUGCCUACACCAAGGAGAUCCAAGACAGCUCGGCUGGCGCUGCCAUUGCGGACCACAGCAUGACUCCAAACAUGCAGGUGACGGAUGUCUUGGCGGCCAGCAACAAGACCAUUGCCAUGCUCCAAAACAACCACAUGGAACUGGGCAAGUACACCACCAAGGACCACGGUGCCAAGGUGUUCAAGCUGACGGAUGUCACGGACGACCAUGCCACCAUGACUCACAAGCCACUCUUCCAAGAUGAGGAAGAAGUCCAUGUGCCAUUGCAGAAGCUGCCAAUGUGGAAGGCCACCAAGGCCAUGAUGCCGAUGUUGUGCCCCCAGGAUCUUGCCAGGGAAGGAAUGACGGCGAAGCUUCUGUUGGAGGAGCGGGCCAGGUCGGAGGUCCAGCUGGCUCUCCACAGAGCGGCGGAAAAGCACCAUGUGGAUGCCCAGACCAUCGCUUUCGGCCAGAACCCGCAGGGGUUGUUUGCCAUCAAGACAAUUCGCAAAACCAUUCGUUUGGUUCCACUGGGCACGGUGAACAAAGCCAAGUCGACCGCCAAGGAAACGAAGCUCCUCAUCCAGCACGGCGGCCACAGCUGGACCAUUGGGCCGUUCCGCCAGAAUGCGCAGUUCGAAGCAGACAGUGCGUUUUGCUUGAUUCCAUAUUUCUGGUGCAAGCCCACGAGCGAAACCUCCGAGGUCACCAUGGUUCACUCCACGGUCGUCGAGUCUGGGAUUACCAUCCCAUGCUUGGAGAAUCCUGCUCCGCUGGAACAGCACCAGCCGCUUUUGUUCCUGGCGGCCCAUGCCGAAGCUUCCGAAGCAGACCACGGCGAGCCAGAGCCAUCAGAGGCCGAGCCUAAAGCCAAAGCCAAGGCCAAGGCCAAGGCCAAGGCCAAAGAGCAGUCUGAGCCUCCUUCCAAGAGGGCCAAGAAGUGA